AUGAUGAAACUCUCUUUACUUUUAUCUGCUGGUUUAUUGGUUGCCGCCGUCAAAGCUGGAGCAUUUGCCAACUAUGAAGAACAACACAUGACAGAGACCCAUCAGAUCCAAAUCUCGGAUGAGGUGACAUUCUUCAAGCUCCAUGACAGGAACGGCGAUGGACAGUGGGAUGACAAUGACCUUAAGGCGCUGUACGGCUUUGAACGUGAUGUCGACGCUUCAGCCAAGCACAUUCGCACCAUUAUUGACCGAGCUUUCCACGACCUUGAUAUGGAUGGCGAUGGAUUGAUUUCUUUGACCGAAUAUAUGCAAAGCAAAUUGCCUAGUUGGACCCCUGAGGAAAUCCAAGCCGACAAACAAUGGCGUGAUGACCAUCCAUCCGGUGAAGCAUCAGAUGAAGAACAACAGCAUCAUGAACGACCCGAAUGGCAAGAAGGCGAUCAUGGAGAAGAACAACAACAACAACAACAACAAGAUGAUGGUGUAGAUAAUGACCCUGUACCAGACAAGUUCAAAGUGCAGAAAUAG